AUGGAGAUGACUCCGGUAUUGCCCUCGAAUCUGGACUUUGCCGUCUAUCGAGAAGACUUGAAACCACCGAGCCUUGAGGACAUGCGUGUUUACUGGCACACUAAAAUGCUGGCUGCACAGCGAUACAUGACUGUGAUGAACGAAGGCUUCAGUCUUGCCCUCCAUUUAAACAAUGACCGAUAUGCGGACGAGCUAGAAGCAAACAUCAAAAAGGAUUUCAGCACUCAACGGCCGCGUGUUAUUGACAACUCAGAGGAUCCUGAUUUGAGUUGGACCGAUCUUAUCAGAGAGACCAAUGAAGCUUCUUUCACCCAGGUUGACAAAGGGUGUAUUCGUGUUGUGUUCGCAAUCACACCGUCCAAAUGA